CUAGAGAAUAACAUAAGAUGCUUCUGUUGUCUCGUUUUUGCUUCCCUAUCUUCAAUUCAACUUCAUCCUCUUCGUCUCUCUCCGCUCAUUCAAUCACUUCCCUUCAAUUCUCUUCACUGACACAGAACAUUCGUGGACCAAACCUAUGCUCCAACCUUAAUAAUCUUCAUUUUACGAAUACCCUUUUGCGGCACAACCCUUGUUCCUCAAUGCCUUCUGCUUCUUCUUGGACAUCGUUGGAGGACACAGGUAAAAGAUCCAAAAGAGUGUGGAUAUGGACCAAAAACAAACAGGUCAUGACUGCAGCAGUUGAAAGAGGAUGGAACACCUUCAUUUUCCCACCACAAAAUCGACAAAUUGCUCAUGAUUGGUCGUCCAUGGCAGUAAUAUGCCCUCUUUUUAUUAGUGAGGGAGAGAUUUUGGAUGGACAGAAUAAGAGGGUGGCCACAAUUUUUGAGGUUUCAACUCCAGAGGAACUAGAGCGACUUAGACCGGAGGAUGAGCAGGCAGAGAACAUUAUAGUUAAUUUACUAGAUUGGCAGGUAAUACCUGCAGAAAAUAUAAUUGCUGCUUUUCAAAACAGCCAAAAGACUGUCUUAGCAAUCUCUAAUAAUACAUCUGAGGCUCAGAUAUUUCUCGAGGCACUUGAACAUGGUUUAGAUGGCAUAGUUUUGAAAGUAGAUGAUGUUGAACCUGUUCUUGAGCUAAAGGAAUACUUCGACAGAAGAAUGGAAGAAAGCAAUCUACUGAGGUUGACAAAAGCCACUGUGACACAUAUUCAGAUGGCUGGAAUGGGGGAUCGCGUUUGUGUAGAUCUCUGCAGUCUCAUGAGACCUGGUGAAGGACUUCUUGUUUAUUUCUUAUUCACUCAGAAUGCUUAGACAAAUUACAUUGCAAGCAGGCCUUUUCGAGUGAAUGCAGGACCAGUGCAUGCCUAUGUUGCUGUUCCAGGAGGCAGAACAUGCUACCUGUCAGAAUUAAAUUCAGGAAAAGAAGUGAUUGUAGUUGAUCAGCUGGGACAGCAACGAAUUGUAGUUGUUGGGCGUGUAAAGAUAGAAACUAGACCACUAAUCCUUGUUGAGGCAAAGAUUGAAUCAGAUAAUCAAACUAUCAGCAUCCUUUUACAAAAUGCAGAAACAGUUGCUUUGGUUUGUCCUCCACAAGGAAAUACACCGCCAAAAACAGCUGUUCCUGUGACAUCACUCAAAGUUGGAGAUGAAAUUCUGUUGAGAGUACAAGGAGGUGCUCGGCAUACAGGAAUAGAGAUUCAAGAAUUUAUAGUUGAGAAAUGAACAAAUGAUAAUGUAUUCAAAUAGUGAUUUUGAUUCAAUAAUUCAAUUUGUGAACUUGUGUUCUCCUUGCAGCUAUGAUGCUAGAAUAGAUUAUGACCUUGCCAGAGACAUGGAAAAGAAAAGCUUAUGUUUUUUGUUCAAUCAACACAAUGAUAUUGAAGAUGAUGAGUUGGGUUGGACAAAGAGGGUUAACAAUGUGAAAGGUGUAGCACUCAUUUUAUCAUACCCUCAUGAUUUCACUUCAGCAAUUAUCGGAGGUGCUAGUGGUUACCAUCAUGAUUACACCAAGAGCCUCUUAGUUUAACCAUCAUGAUUGAACCAUCAAUGCAUGUUGGAUGGAAGAAUCUCUCUAUAUAUCCUUCUUUCAAGUGCUAUUGAGAAGUGUAAACUAAGUGUUUACAGUUCCUUCUUUUAAACCAAACAUGCUGCAAGAAUUUUCUCCAAAAUUUGAAAAUGUAGUUCCUCCAAUUAAUCAUUACUUGUCACCAACUGUGGAUAUUUUGC